CCAAAGCCUAUAUCAGAUUCUAAUUUUAAAAUUGUUGCCGAUUGUCUUACGCAAAAAUAGGUAUCGUUAAAAAUGUCAACAUCUACAAUAAAUAUUGUCGGUAGCGACUAGCGAAGCUCAUUCAGCAGCUGAUUAAUGCUAAGUCACAUUACCCUUGCUUUUACGGUCUUUUACGCGCGAAUCUUGAUUUCUCUCCACAGUAGCCACUGUACCAUACGUUCUGCAAUGCAAGAUAAGAUCCCAUACGCUUCUCAGCGAAUCGCGUUUGGCGUGGUCACUUAACCUCGGGCGCACAGACUAGUACACAUCAGCCUCGCAACUUUGCGCGACAGGACAUGUCAAAAUAUUUGUAAUGUCUUUAUUAAAGAGUCAAUUCACAUUUGAAGAAGCAUGGCCAUGUAUGCGACCAAUUAUACUCAAUCUCUUGAAACAAGAGCCCGUUACACAAUUAGAAUGGCAAGAUCUAUUCUAUUCAGUUCAUCAGGUAUGCCUAGACGAAAAAGGUCCACCAAAGCUCAGAGAUGCCUUACGAGAAGACAUCAUGGAGUUCAUUAAACAAGCCCAAAAAAGGGUCAUGGCACAUCAAGAAGAACAAGCCCUCUUAAAGGCUUAUAUUUCAGAGUGGAGAAAGUUUUUUACGCAAUGUGACUACUUACCUACCCCAUUUAGACAAUUGGAAGCCUCAUUGCGUGGUAAGACUACAUCCACUCAAAAGAAAAACCAGCAAGAGGAAAGCAUUGUGAGAAAGUUGAUGUUAGACAGUUGGAACCAAAGUAUUUUCAACGAUAUUAAGCAAAGACUGCAAGACUCCGCCAUGAAACUAGUUAGAACUGAGAGAAAUGGUGAAGUUUUUGACUCACAGUUGGUUAUUGGUGUGAGAGAAUCUUAUGUGAAUCUGUGCUCAAACCCUUUGGAUAAACUAGAAAUAUAUAGAGAAAAUUUUGAAGCUGCUUAUAUAGAUGCAACAGAGGCCUUUUAUUGGGUAAAAGCAACUGAACAUUUAGAACUUCAUGGGGUAGAAAAGUACAUGAAAUUUGCAGAGGCAAAACUCAAAGAAGAAGAACUACGAGCUCAAAAAUAUCUUGAACCCAAUAGCACAAGUGUGGCUUUGCUUAUGGAUCGUUGUGUUAAGACUCUUGUUGCUAAUUUCAAAACUCCUAUUCUCGCUGAAUGCCCUAGGAUGAUAAAAGAGUAUGAAACUGAAAAGCUUAGAUUGAUGUUAAAACUGAUGGAUAGAGUUGAAGACGGAGUAACUCCUAUGUUAGCAAACUUGGAAGAACAUAUUGCGACUGCUGGUUUAGAUGAUAUGAUGGCUGCAGUUGAUAUUAUAACUCAAGACUCUGAAAAAUAUGUUGAACGACUGUUAGAGCUGUUCCGACGUUUCUCGGCUCUAGUUAAAGAAGCAUUUGACGAUGAUCCACGAUUCCUUACCGCGCGUGAUAAAGCUUACAAACUUGUUGUAAACGACUCAUCUGUAUUCAAAUUAGAAUUACCUAUUCGUCCUGCGCCACCUAAUAUGCCUCUUAUUGUUGGUGGUGCUAUUAUCAAUAAGCCCGUAAAUAAUAAUAUUCCUGGACUACCCGAAAGCAAGUGCCCUGAACUUUUAGCUAAUUACUGUGAUAUGUUACUGAGAAAGACUCCACUAAGCAAAAAACUAACUUCAGAUGAAAUUGAAAGCAAACUUAGAGACGUGCUUUUGGUACUCAAAUAUGUUCAGAAUAAAGAUGUGUUUAUGAGGUAUCAUAAAGCGCAUUUGACAAGACGUUUAAUUCUUGAUACUUCCGCCGAUUCUGAAAAAGAAGAAAACAUGGUUGAAUGGUUAAGAGAAGUUGGUAUGCCAGCGGAUUACGUUAAUAAAUUAGCACGAAUGUUCCAGGACAUUAAAGUUUCAUCAGAUCUGAAUCAACAAUUUAAAGAACAAUGCCGUGCAGCCAUUGCAGACAGCAUCAAUAUUAAGAUAUUAAAUGCUGGAGCGUGGGCAAGAGGUAGCGAACGAGUUACAGUUAGUUUGCCUCUCCAAUUAGAAGAUUACAUACCUGAAGUUGAAGAUUUCUAUAAAAAGAAACAUAGCGGUCGCAAACUACAGUGGUAUCAUCACAUGUCGAAUGGAACCAUCACAUUCGUCAAUCAAGUAGGACGUUUCGAUGUUGAUGUAACUACUUUCCAAAUGGCUGUUCUAUUUGCUUGGAACGAACGACCCAUGGAUAAAAUAUCAUAUGAAAAUUUGCAACUCGCUACGGAAUUACCAGAUCCUGAAUUAAGAAGAACACUUUGGUCUCUUUGCGCGUUUCCCAAAAUCAAGCGACAACUUCUCAUAGCUGAUCCGCCAGCAGCCAGCCCAAAAGACUAUUCAUUAGGCACAAAGUUUUGGGUCAACCAGGAAUUUGCCAUUGUAAAAAAUGGUAAGAUGCAAAAACGUGGAAAAAUAAAUAUGGUAGGGCGGUUGCAAUUAUCGACUGAACGCAGCAAAGAAGAAGAUAAUCAAUCAAUUGUUCAUCUUAGGAUACUACGUGUUCAAGAAGCCAUCAUUAAAAUUCUUAAGAUGCGAAAGACAAUCAAUAACACUCAAUUACAAGCUGAACUGAUAGAUAUACUGAAAAAUAUGUUUUUACCUAGUAAAAAGAUGAUCAAGGAACAGAUUGAGUGGCUUAUUGAGCAUAAGUACAUAAAAAGACACGAAAAUGACAUCAAUACUUUCUUGUACGUAGCAUAACAAAAAUUAAGCAGAAAAAAAAUCAUUCGAGUCAUUUGCCGAUUGAUAAACUAUAUUUUUAUAACAUCGGUUACGCGUUUGUGGAAAGUGGACGUCUUGUCGCGAGUUAAUUGGGUUGAAUAAUUUUUGGUUACGGAUAAAUUGCUGUGAUGCAUUAACAGAUUACUUUUGUUUUUCUUUGAUGGGCAAAGGUUGCUUCAAAAAUCGAUUUCAAUAUUUGACUGAGCUCGGUUGUAAAUGCAUUCGUAUGAUUAUAGUCAUUUUUAUUAAUUUUUAAGGCAAUUGGAAUUAACCUUAAUUUACAAACGAAAAUACCACUUUCUUUCACAACUAUUUUUUUUAUAACUGUGAUUUUAAAGUGACCGCCCGACGCAUUACGUUUGUAAUGAAAUAAAAUGUUUUAUAAUGCAAAUUACAAUAUAAUUGGGAAAUGAUUUUAUUGAAGAAUCAUAAAUAUUAAAAAAAUAACUGGAACACUUGAACUAAAGAAUUAUAUAUAAUUAAUGGAAUCGUGGAAGUGGAUUUUAUCAGUAAUCCAUAAAUGUUAUGUAACAAACGUAAAGUGAACAUGUUUUUCAUCGAUUUUCGAAUUGUAGUAUUUACUGAGUCUUUUUUGAUAAUACUGUUAGUUUUAAUUAUUAUUAUAUAUUACUGAAUGGUGUAUUUUUACAUAGUGAUUCUGACGUGCAGUCUUAUUUUGGAUUAUAGUAGAUUUUUUGUACAAUCCAAAGUUUUCUAAAAACCAAGUUAUAAAACAGUGUGUUAAAAUAAAAAACUGAUCAAUGAACUUUGUCAUUAUUGGCGCUAAA